GAGCGAUAGAGAUUUUAGAGAGAGAGAGAGAGAGAGAGAGAGAGAGGGAGAGAGACAGAGACAGAGACAACAAACCAACACUGCUCGCCUCAUCAUUUGUCGAUCUUUCCGUUCACAGGUCCGCUUCCGAUCGCCUCCUCUUCUCCAUCAGAUCCGCUGCUUCGUCUCCUCUCUGUGUCAUUUCUGAUUCAAUUCGUGAAUUCCCGUGAUCGAUCUCUCCUCUGUCCGUGCCUUCCUGCUUCUGGUGUUUCGAUCCCUUUUGUCGGAGCAAUUAGCUGAUUCAAUUGUUGAGAAGACAAAAAUGUCGCCUGCAUCAAAAUCGAAGUCCAAGUCCAAGGAUAAGCCUUCUGCAAGGGCUGCCAAAGAACAGAAGGCUGCUUCUAAACCCUCUGUGCCUACAAACACGGCCAACACAGCAAAUGGGAGCUCUGCGAGUGCUUACAAUCCUGUCUCCGGGACGUUCCAUUUGCUAGAGGCAUCCUCAGCUGCCUCCUCACCCCCUUCUCAUGGUAAUGGCCGUUUUCAGAACAUAGAUGACUCAGAUGAUCAUUCCAGUAGCCCGCACGGCACUGUCUCUGAGUAUGACUCUGUGUCCAAUAAUGGCAGCUGCUCGGGUGAGUCGGAAGAUCUGAAAGAGAAGGCGGCCAGUUCUGCUCCUCAGAGUCAGCGGGAAGCAACGACUGCUGCUGAUAGUGAUAGGAGAGAGAAGAUCCGCCUGAAGAACGAAAGGAAACAUCAGCGUCAGAGAGAGAGGCGGGCUCAGGAGUUGCACGAAAAAUGUUGCGGGUACAUGAUGUCAAGGAAGCUGGAGUCUCUUUCUCAGCAGCUCGUGAACAUGGGUUUUUCUUCUGAGAGAGCAACCUUGGCCUUGAUACUGAACGAGGGCAGGGUGGAGGAUUCGGUAUCCUGGCUCUUCGAGGGAAGCCAAGAAGAAGACCACAGUAAAGAGACUGACCUUGGUAAUUGGGGUAAUCUGAAGAUCGACAUAAGUGAAGAGCUCGCUCUGGUCUCACAGUUGGAGGCAAAAUACAAAUGCUCGAAGCAAGAGGUCGAGAGGGCUAUUGUCACCUGUGAAGGUGAUUUAGUGAAGGCAGAAGAGUCCUUGAGAGUUCAGAAACAGGAUAAGCAAGCUACACCAUCAAAGCAAGAAGCAACUUCUGACCCCAAAAGCUUGCUAAGACUGCAAGAGAAGCCUACGGCAGCCUCGGUAAUGAUGCCACAGAGAAGAAGCAGUGAGCGGGAUCUUAACUAUACCAGGACAGCUAUGUCAACUCCAUCAGAUUCAGAACUGGGCUUACCCAGCCUGCAAUGUUUCAAUGGGAACCCGAACCACCAGGCACUAAGGAUGGAAAGGAGGUGGCCAAAUUCAGGAUCGAUCCCUUCCCUUCCCUCAACAAUUGGAAUGCCACAAGUAUCGUCUUUAGGAACAAAGUCUGAGGUAUUCCAUAGUGUCGGUGACAAUCAGCAUUCAGCAGUCAGGGAGCCUGUGAUAAUGAUGCAGCGUCAUCAGACUGCGUUUCCCAGGCAAAUCCCAGCCUUAGGCAUGAAUACAUCACCUUCAGUAUCAGCUGGAUUUUUCCCGAAUGAUAAUAGUUCAGGCAUAGAGAUGUUAAGGUCGAACAUGAAGUUCCUUCAUUCUCAGAGGCUGGGAAGCCUGGGUCGAGAAAACCAGGGAGCGGAACCUUUCUACCAUCAAUUUAGAGAAAGCUCUUCAGCUUUCGGACCAUUUGACCGAGCCUCUGAGAUGGGCAGCUCAUGGAAUGCAGCGGGCAGGUCCUCCACUGCUCAGAACAUUCCUCUCGAGGCACGAGGCUUGUGGGGGCCUCUAAUGGUAGGAGCAUCUCCGCCUUCGCUUGCGGCUCCUCCAUCCCUUGGUCUGUUCUCCAGUUGGGGAUCUUCGGGAAGUUUCAGUUCGAACUCCCAGGUGGACUGGCACACGGGGGGAUUGGUGCCUGAGUUGGACUACACGAGCAUAGAUUGGACUCUCGACUCGAGCUUACUGGGAGCUUCCAAAGGGAGUGGCUUAUGGCUCGGGCUUUCUUCCUUGCUGAGGGACGGCCACACCUCGAGGAUGGAUGGCGAUGGUAGUAGGGCUCGGUUCUCGGGGUGGCAGGACAAUGGAGUGGUGGGCAGCAGGGACCCAGCGGCUUCUUCGGGGGGUCUGCGGGAUUGGACGUCUCCGUUCGCAGGGAAAGACAUAUUUAGCUUGCCCAGGCAAUAUGUUACUUCUCCAUCUCCAUAGUGCUAUUGAUUGAUUAUAUUUAGUAGGGCGAAAUAUGAUGUGAGUCGCCCUUGUGAUUCGAGUGGAGGUGUUGAAUGUGUGUUUCUCAGUUUCAUGAUCAUCAUUAUCAUUAUAUAUAUAUAUAUAUUCACAAUAAAUCUCCCUUAUAUUUUACUGCCUC